ACGCUUUCUGAUUUACUAUUUUGUAAAAAAAAAAAAUUAUACAAAAUUAUAUUUAAAAAAAAAUAUUAUACAAAACUAUAUGUAUAUAACCCGGAACUGAAAUCUCUGUUUCUGUCAAUUACAAGAUAGUUCAUAGGCUCUAGAAGAGUGGAAGGUAACCACAAUCUGUUCAUUUUCAUGCAACUAUAUAUGUCUUUUUAUUACAUUUGUACUUAUGUAUAUGGUGAGCACAAACAAACUAAGAGCUGCAGGCAGAAGUUAGGUGUGUUAACGUUUUUUCGUUUGUACAUCUUACCUCCAAUAAAAUCAACAUCACUUUCUCAACCUAGUAAGCCACAUAAGUCAAUUACUAUCUAAAAAUGAACAAAACGCGUUUUAAGUUAUUAUUUACAUAAGUCUCAUCAUUUGUUUCCCCAUAUCUGCCGUACAUGGAUAUAAAUCCUAGUUAAUAUUGUGGUCUCCUUUCUUUUUUGCCUAAGUGAGCAAUGGCCAACUAUUUUUUUUUUUAUAAAUAUUGAUUAAUCAUUUUCAACCUCUUUAUAAGAAAACACUUAAGAUGUGUUAAAAUCUUGAAACCAAAAAUCUACAGAUUAAAUCAUCUCCAGAAACAAUGGGAAAUGUUCUAAAGCCUCUCAUGGAAGAUCCUCUUUCAUUUGCUUACGAGCCUCUCCUCAGCUCACCAAUGGAUAAAGAAAACGAGGAUCUGAGAGUCUUCAGCGUCACGGAACUGAAGAAAGCAACGAGCAACUUCAGAAAAGACAGGGUCGUACAUGAAGAGGAUGGCUCUGUUCGAACAUUCUACAAGGGCUCCAUCGAUGACACCUCAUCAAGAACUAAAAAAAGAAUCUCUGUUUUUGUCAUGGAAUGUCUCCAAGAUAGUUUAGAGGCUAUAGAAGCGUGGAAGGAAGAGGUGAAGUCUCUAGGAGAACAUUCUCAUCCAAACAUAGUAACAUUUUUGGGUUACUGUUGUGAAGAUAAAAAAUCACUAUUGGUAUUCGAAUACUUGCACCAAGGAUCUUUGGAUCAUCACAUUAACGGAAAGAAAGAGGUCUUGUCAUGGGAAACACGGGUUAAGAUAGCCAUUGGAAUAGCUAAAGGUGUUGCAUUUCUCCACUCAUUCUAUAACUCAUCGCUAUAUUUUGAACUCAGAAUGCAUAACAUUAUGCUUGAUGAGGAAUACAAUGCAAAACUGUUUUACCUUGCAACAAACAAAAAAUGUCUGGAAAAUUGCUUGACUAUUUAUGGACAUAGAUACAUGCCUCAUGAAUGUCUGGUGUCAGGUGGUUUUAAAAUGGAUACCGAUGUUUUCGCAUUUGGUGUGAUUUUGCUUGAGCUUUUUACUUGUUCGAAAGAUGAGGACUUGCUUGCGCAUUUACUUGCUUUGAGAAAUGGAGCAAAAAAGUUGAAGAAGAAUAAAAGCUUAGAUGUUAGGGAGACUAGACCGUUCUUGUUUACGGAAAUAAUUGAUCCCCGACUUGAGGGUGAUUAUCCUGUGAAUGCGGCAAUGCAGAUGGGCACACUCAUCCAAAGAUGUACCAAGUGCUGGCCUACACGACCGUCCAUGCAACAAGUUUUAGAUGUUCUGAAUGAUAUUGCAGAGAUUAACUAGUAUCGAUAAGA